AUGCUUCGAAUUAGAAAUUAUAAUAUAUAUAUAUUAUUAAUAUUUAUCGGACUAUUAUUAAUAUUAAAUCUCUAUAAAUUACAAUCAACUUCAUCAGUUAUAAAAUCAAGCCGAUGGAAAAAAGAUCGUCUUGUAGUAAUUCCAGCAAUAUAUAAGGAAAUCGAUUGGUUAAAUCAUUCCAAAUGGCCGAAAUGGUUACGUUAUGGACUUGAUUUAUUUAAUAAAAAUCAAUCAAGAAUAUAUGAUGUUUAUUUAUAUCAACGUUUUGAUCCCAAGUCCAAUCCACCAUUUAAUUGGCCAUAUUCGAUCAAUGUUCAUGAAGAAUCCGGUAUUUAUUUAAAAUUCAUUUAUGACUUCUAUCAUGAUUUACCAGAUAAAAUGUUAUUUAUUCAUGGAAAUCCAUUUCAACAUACAUUACAUCCAUUUGAAGCAAUACAAUGUAUUCGUGAUGAUGUUUUUUAUACAUCAAUCAAUAAUCUUUGGAUACAAAAUCAUCCAUGGACAUCACAAGUUCGUGAUCCAAUUGAUAAUCAGACUUUGAUGUAUAAAUGUGCCAAAUAUUUACUUAGUUUAUUUGGCUUUGAUGGUGAUUCGCAAUUAAAUCCACAUCAUAUACAACCAAAAGAACAUAGUGUUGUUUCCGCGAUGUGUUGUGCACAAUUUUAUGUAAGAAAAGAACGAAUUUUACAUUAUACUUAUGAACAAUGGUCAGCAGUUUACAAUGCAAGUCUUCAGCCAUAUUGUGCAUCACCACUUGAUCGGGAAAUACCUGGUGGAAGAGGAAUGAAAUGGUUUGGUGGAAGUUUCGAAUAUAUUUGGCAUAUUAUUCUUGGUCUUUAUCCAUCAGAUAUGUUACCACCAACAGCGAAAACAACUACAGAUUUAUGUCAUUAUUUUCAUCCAUCAUGUAAAGAUUUCCUAUGUCAAAAAGCAUAUAUCCAAGUUUAUCUUUAUCCAGAUCCGAAAUCGAAUAAUACUAAUUAA